AAAGAGGUAAAGAGUUUUCCCGGGAAUUGUGGGAAGUGUAGUUUGGGAGCCUCGUGUAGUCGGGUAACUUCCGCUGUAGGCAGCUGAGGCUGUGUCUCUGAUCCCAUCGGCAAUUCUGGGAAGCGUAGUCCGGGAGGUCUCUGUAGUCAGAGCCACUUCCGGCCCAGGAACGCUAGGCCGCGGCCUUCGUUCCUCCCAGAAAGGCGACUCUGCCUUCCCGGGGCUCCAAACCUUGGUCAGAAGGGGAACCAGUCUCGUUUACUCUGCGCUGAGAGCUGCCGCACCAAGGUGCCGUCACAACCGCUGUGCUGGCCUCAGGAGUCGUGCUGGGGACCCGUGUGGGUCCUCCAAACCUCAGUCAGAAGGGGAGCCAGCCCUGUUUACUCUGCUCCGAGAGCUGCCGCGCCGAGGUGCCAGCGAAACCACUACGCCGGCCACAAGAGUUGCGCUGGCGACCCGUGUGGCUCCUCCACUGGGAAUCUUCUGCUCCAUGAGCGACCAGAAUUUGUCUGAAAGUGUGGUGUCCUCUAGUUCUCUGCACUUUCACUGAGAGCUGCAAUCCCAAGAUGUUAGCGAUCAGCCAACUUGGAUCGUUCCUCGGCUUCAUAGCUUUGUACAAAGUUGGUCUCUGCCUUUCCCUAGAAAAAGGAGAAAAUGAUCAAAUUUCAGGAGAUGGUGACAUUCAAGGACGUUGCUGUGGUCUUCACCGAGGAGGAGCUGGGGCUGCUGGACUGUGUUCAGAGAAAGCUGUACCGAGAUGUGAUGCUGGAGAACUUCAGGAACCUGCUCUUAGUAGCACAUCAGCCCUUCAAGCCAGACCUGAUAUCCCAGUUGGAGAGAGAAGAAAAGCUUUUGAUGGUGGAGACAGAAACACCAAGAGAUGGGUGUUCAGGAAGGAAGAAUCAACAAAUGAUGGAGACUAUUCAGGAAGUAAGAGUAAGCUACCUUCCCCCCAGAGAGCUUUCCUCCGGUCAGACCUGGCAACAAAGUGCAGGUGGGUUAAUCAGGUGUCAAGAUUUCCUGAAAGUUUUUCAAGGGAAGAAUUAUCAGUUGCAAGAACAAGGUGAUUCCCUCUGCAAGGUUUGGGCAGGAAUACCAGUUCAGAUUUCUGAAGAUGAGAACUAUAUGUUGACUCAUAUAGGGAAUGGCUCCAAUUAUAUAAAAAGUCAAGAGUAUCCUUCUUGGAGGGCACAGCAUUCUUGGAGGAAAAUGAAAGAGUCACAUAAUUAUCACUGUAGAUGUCAGCAAAUUUCUGUGAAAAAUAAUUUCUGUAAGUGUGACAGCAUCAGCUGGAUCCCACAUCACAGUGAUAAACUGGAAGUGCACAGAAAAGAAACCUACAGCUGCCACGACUGUGGAGAAGACAUCAUGACGGCAUCGUUGCUUCAGCAGGAUUCAAUUCAAACAGGGGAGAAGCCCUGGCCACGUACUGGGUAUAGAAAAGGCUUCAGUAACGACUCCAGCUCUGAGGUUCAUCAGCAGUUCCAGUUGGAAGGGAGGUCCUAUACGUGCAAUUCAUGUGGAAAGGGCUGUAGUUACAGUUCCCUUCUUCAUAUUCAUCAAAAUAUGCAGAGAGAAGACGAUGUUAUUGAGAAUUCACAUCUGAAAUCCUAUCAGAGAGUGCACACAGAGGAGAAAUCAUGCAAAUGUGGUGAAUAUGGAGAGAACUUCAAUCACUGUUCCCUUCUUAACACUUACGAACUUAUCCACACAGGUGAGAUGUCCUACAGGCACAACAUUUAUGAGAAAGCCUUCAGUCAUAGCUUCAACCUUAAUGGUAUUUUUAGGGUCCAAACUAGGGAUGAACCCCAUGAAUAUGAGGAAAAUGAGAAUGUCUUUAGUCAGAGUUCAUGUCUUCAAGUCCAUCAAAAGAUCCACACUGAAGAGAAACUCUGCAGAGAUGUAGAGUAUGGAAAGAGUUUCAUUUGUAGUCCCAAUCUUGACGUUCAGCACACGGUACACAUGGAAGAGAAUCCCUGUCAUUCUGAGGAACGUGGUAAUGGCUUCAGUCUGACCUCACACUUUCAAGACCUUCAGGUAGUCCACACUGAGGAACAACCAUAUAAACGCUAUGUGUGUGGUAACAGCUUCGGCCAUAAUGUGUAUUUUCAAGGUCAUCAGAAAAUUCACAUAGGAGAGAAGCCGCAUAAGGAGUGUGGGAAUGGCUUCAGCUGGAGCUCAAAACUUAAAGAUCAUCUAAGAGUCCACAGUGGACAGAAGCCAUACAAAUGCAGUGCUUGCGGCAAAGGUUUCAAUCAUAGAUCAGUUCUGAAUGUUCAUCAGAGAGUCCACACUGGAGAGAAACCUUAUAAAUGUGAGGAAUGUGAUAAGGGAUUCAGCCGGAGUUCAUAUCUUCAAGCCCAUCAGAGAGUCCACACUGGAGAAAAACCUUAUAAAUGUGAGGAAUGUGGGAAGGGCUUCAGUCGAAAUUCAUACCUUCAAGGCCAUCAGAGAGUUCACACUGGAGAAAAACCAUACAAGUGUGAGGAGUGCGGGAAGGGCUUCAGUCGGAGUUCACACCUUCAAGGCCAUCAGAGAGUCCACACUGGAGAAAAACCAUUCAAGUGUGAGGAGUGCGGGAAGGGGUUUAGUUGGAGUUUUAAUCUUCAAAUUCAUCAGAGGGUUCACACAGGAGAAAAACCGUAUAAAUGUGGAGAAUGUGGUAAAGGUUUCAGUAAGGCCUCAACUCUUUUGGCCCAUCAGAGAGUCCAUACGGGAGAAAAGCCAUACCAAUGUGAUGAGUGUGGUAAGAGUUUCAGUCAGAGAUCAUACCUUCAGAGUCAUCAGAGUGUCCAUUCUGGAGAGAGACCGUAUAUAUGUGAGGUGUGCGGAAAGGGCUUCAGCCAAAGGGCAUAUCUUCAAGGUCAUCAGAGAGUGCACACUAGAGUGAAACCGUAUAAGUGUGAGAUAUGUGGGAAGGGCUUUAGUCAGAGUUCCCGCCUUGAAGCACAUCGGAGGGUUCACACGGGAGGGAAACCAUACAAAUGUGAGGUGUGUACAAAGGGUUUCAGUGACAGUUCACGCCUUCAAGCACACCAAAGGGUUCAUGCAGAAGGGAGACCCUAUAAAUGUGAGCAGUGCGGUAAGGGUUUCAGUGGGUAUUCAAGUCUUCAAGCACAUCACAGAGUCCACACUGGGGAGAAACCAUACAAAUGUGAGGUAUGUGGAAAAGGGUUCAGUCAGAGAUCAAAUCUUCAGGCUCAUCAGAGAGUCCACACAGGAGAGAAACCAUACAAAUGUGAUGCGUGUGGUAAGGGUUUCCGUUGGAGCUCAGGUCUUCUAAUUCAUCAAAGAGUCCAUAGUAGUGAUAAAUUCUAUAAAAGCGAAGACUAUGGGAAGGACUACCCUUCAUCAGAGAAUCUACACAGAAAUGAAGAUUGUUUUGUUUUGAAGUCUUCAAAUGGGAGCUGAAAUUUUCCAGUCACUAGAGUUCUUUCAGUAGAAAAAGAAUUUUUUAAAAUUAAAAUGUACUGUUUCUGCCCAAUUUCAACAUUCAUAAUGGCCAGGAGACCACAGAACAGAGACAUUUAAUGAGAGGGGUUUCAUGAGGGAUUUUGUUAGAACUUUAGCAUCAGUCAUUGCACAGGAGGUAAGGCUUAUAAAACGUGAGUAUGGUCAGAAAUUUAAUAAAAGUACAGUGAAGAACAUGCCUAAAUCCAUGUUCUCUAGAAUGUAAGCUUGGUGAGAGAAGGGACUUUGUUCAUUUCUAGUCUACAAAACUAUGACAUUUCAUAACUCAACGAAGGUGUUUAGUACUUUUUGCUAAAUGAGUAAAAGUAUGUAAAGGUACAAUGUUUGAAAUUUUUUAAGCUCAUUUUCUAAAACUUCACUUAAAAUGUAUUUGGAAGAGGAAUCCUACAAGUAAUCUUAAUGAAAGCAUUUCAGGUAAAUAUUAUUUGAAAUGUAGAACAUUAAGCAUUACUAUGAUCUGAAAUAACAUUAAUUUGGUUGUAACCCUAUUGGGGUUGGUUCCCAUCCUUUGUUCCAUGUUGAGCAGAGAUGCAUUUCUUAACAUUCGGUCUCUGUACAUUAUACCAUCCAUCGAAGUUUAGCUUUGUGCGUAGGUGUAUGUCCACAUGUGUGCACUUUAAGUAUCAGUACAAACUGAUAAGCGAUGUUUCUGGUUAAUGUUGCAAAAUGGAACACUGUAUUUUACCUAAUUGAUUUUCUACUCCUGCCCUGUAAUUUAAGGCAGAGUUUUACUAUAAUAUUCGCAAAGUAUCCAAAAUGGUUACUGAUGACAAAUACUUUUUAAUAAACGUCAAAGUCACAA